CACAUAAAUGUUUAAUUUAUUAAGGAAGCGUGAAGCGAAGAACAGGUUUGCUUCCUCAGGGAAGAUUGCACAAGAUCUUUUUGAUUUUAACGCCUUAUAUAAGCCGGGUUCUGCAGCAGUCAAGGACAGAGAAGACAUUGGAGUUAAAGUUACAAGAUGUUUAAGCCACAAUAUCACUUGGCCGCAGUGCUGCUGUGUUUCGUCUUCGCCACAGCGCAGGUUGUGCCAAAUGCAGAAAUCGGUCGGAUUACUAUCCAAGUGCCGUUGCUGUCCAAUGGAAAGCCCGUGAUCCUGGCCAACCAGGAACGGGAAGAGGUCGCCACCGUGGAGGAGAUCAAGCCGGGAAUGGUCCAUGUUGUCCAGGAGGUAGUGGUGCCACCUACAGUGAAGUCUGAUAAUAAGAUGCGGGUGGCACGAUCAAUUUCGGAUUCUGGUAUCCCUAACCAUGGCAUCCCAAAUCCUGGCAUCCCUAACCAUGGAAUACCGAAUCGUGGAAUCCCCAAUGAUGGAAUCCCAAAUCCUGGCAUUCCCAAUCAUGGAAUUCCCAAUCCUGGAAUCCCUAAUCAUGGAAUUCCAAACCGCGGCAUUCCUAAUGAUGGAAUCCCGAAUCCUGGCAUUCCCAAUCAUGGAAUUCCCAAUCCUGGAAUCCCUAAUCAUGGAAUUCCAAACCGCGGCAUUCCUAAUGAUGGAAUCCCGAAUCCUGGCAUUCCCAAUCAUGGAAUUCCCAAUCCUGGAAUCCCUAAUCAUGGAAUUCCAAACCGCGGCAUUCCUAAUGAUGGAAUCCCGAAUCCUGGCAUCCCCAACCACGGAAUUCCAAACCCUGGCAUCCCCAACCAUGGAACCCCCAAUCCUGGCAUUCCCCAUCCCGAUGCUUCCGAACUUAUGCCAGUUGUUGUACCGCCCAGCAGUCGUACCACCAGUGCACCCGCCUCUACAUCAAUGCCCAAGCGAGUGCCAACCAGGAAUUGUUUUCAUCUGCUGAUGGGAGGCAUUGCCACCACAUCGCCAGCGGAUAUAAUGACGCCUCCCUCUACGGAAAACUGCGAUGAGCUAUGCACCAAGUUCGAGUACUCGCCCAUUUGUGCCCACAAUGGCAUCUGCAUCCAUGAGUUCGCAAAUCAGUGCGUGAUGAACACCUUCAACUGCAAGCAUCGGGAUUUGUCUUUCCGCGCAGUGGACGAGGAUGUAUGCCGACUGGGAGUUUGCAUGAGGCGAUGCAAGGAAGACGAACUGACGCUUUGAAUCGCCGACGUCUUGUGGUCUUAGUGUAUAUGAAUACAACAUCCCUUUAGUAAAAACAUAUUAAAUCAUUUAAUUAUAUGCAUACAUUACAAAGAAAAAAGUGAUUGUUUUAAUAGUUAUUUCAUCUAAAUAGUUAUUUGUUCUAAAAUUGUAUAUACAAGAAUGUACGUAAGACAAGUGGACUGUCCUUGAGCUAGUAACUGAUUUAAAACAUUAAAGAAGUGUUCUUGAAACUAUUUCGGUGUAUUAAAUAAAGCCUAACAAAUUAAAUAAGAAUCAGGAUUCAACAAGAAAGGUAUCCAGCUUUGGAAAGCAGAAGCUUAUAACCUUAAAUUAUAUAAUUUUUGGAUU